AUGGCCGACCUAGAAAUGGACGUCGACCAGUCUGCGCCCUCAGCUCGCAAUGAGUCAGAAAUGCAAACUCACGCCAAAGCCACGGCCGUCCGAUCCAUCGAAGGCUGGAUCAUCAUGGUCACGAAUGUUCACGAAGAAGCUGACGAGGAGGCGAUACAAGAUAAGUUCGGGGACUACGGCGAGAUAAAAAACUUGCAUUUGAAUCUAGACCGGAGAAGCGGCUAUGUCAAGGGCUACGCUCUGAUCGAGUACGCUACGCUGGAAGAAGCCCGGGCAGCUAUUGAUGGUGCCCACGACACGAAACUACUAGAUCAGACGGUUCUGGUGGACUUUGCGUUUGUGAGGCCACCGCCCGGGAAGGGAGGGCGCGGAGGAAGGGCUGGUGCUGGCGGCAGGCGGCAGAGGAGCAGGAGCAGGAGCAGGAGCCCUGCCGCAAGGGAUGAAGAUGAAUGA